GAGGGCGCCCCGCGGCCUGGUGUGGAGUUGAGCGGCCUCUCCCACGGUGAGUAGCCCGCAUACUCCCCAAGCUUGCCUUCCUCCUAAACCGGCAGACCUAGUGGGCCAACAUGAAGUGGAAUUCUGUGAUCCAAGCCCUUAUUGACCUCACAGCGGGGGCCCUGGGGGGCACAGCUUGUGUCCUGAUCGGGCAGCCCUUCGACACUGUCAAAGUCAAGAUGCAGACGUUCCCUUACAUGUACAAGGGCCUCACCGACUGCUGCCGCCAGACCUACUCCCAAGUGGGCUUUCGGGGUUUCUACAGGGGGACUGGCCCCGCGCUCAUGGCCUACGUCGCCGAGAACUCAGUCCUCUUCAUGUGCUUCGGCUUCUGCCAACAGUUCGUGAAGAAAGUGGUCGGGCUGCGCAAGCAUGAAAAGCUGAACGAUCUGCAAACUGCAGCCGCCGGCUCACUGGCUUCUGCUUUUGCAGCUCUUGUCCUUUGCCCCACCGAGCUGGUGAAGUGCCGGCUACAGACUAUGUACGAAAUGGAAAUGUCAGGGAAGAUCACAAAGAGGCAGAACACAGUUUGGUCGGUGGUAAAUGCUAUCCUUAGGAAGGACGGUCUGCUAGGCUUCUACCAUGGACUCUCCGGUACUCUACUUCAGGAAGUACCGGGAUAUUUCUUCUUCUUUGGUGGCUAUGAGGUAAGCCGCUCGAUAUUUGCCUCAGGGAGAUCAAAAGAUGACCUAAGUCCUGCCCACUUGAUGAUUAGUGGAGGGAUUGCUGGGAUUUGCCAUUGGGUUGUUGUAUACCCAGUGGAUUGUAUCAAAUCCAGAAUUCAGGUUCUUUCCAUGUCUGGGAAGCAGGCAGGUUUUGCCAGAACUCUUAGAAAUACUGUGAAAAAUGAAGGGGUAGCAGUCUUAUAUUCUGGACUGAAAGUUACUUUGAUUCGAGCAGUCCCUGCCAACGGGUCACUGUUUAUAGUCUAUGAAUACAGCAGGAAGAUGAUGAUGAGCCGGUUUGAAACACAGUGAAGUGUCUUGAUCAAUCUGGAUCCAAGGACAUGCCUUUUAGGCACGAUAAUUUAUCCUCAUGGUUUCAUGGAAGACUGGACCAGUGUGGAUUUUUUUUUAACUUCACAAGUUUGCUUUUGUCUUCUUCAACCUUAAGCUGUAUGGAAAAACCCAAUUAUCUCAUUUAUGCUUAUAAUUUUAUUGUGCUAGAAAAGCUGUUGUCAUAGUGGUGAACUGUGUAUACCUGAUAUGAACAGUUAAUUAUAUCAGGGUAUUUGCACUAAUCGAUAUAUGUAUGUGUAGAAUUUGGUUGGUUACAUAUGAGGAAAACAGUUUGGUUUCACAUUUAGUCUAUGUCAUCAGAAAAAGCAAGUUAACCAUGUUUUGUGAAGACUGCUAUAAAUGAUAACCCAUUCAAGAUAUAGGAUCUCUUUAUAACUCUGCAUGUUGUUUUACUAUCCCAGGAAAUGUUUUCAUGUAGUGCUGGAAAAUAAAAAUAUUCAGCUACAUUUUUUAAAGGAUGAUAUAUAUGAAUAAUAGUGGAUUUCCACAUUCUUAAAGGUCUCAGAGGAGACAUGCUGGAUUUUCCCAAGAUGCACUACUCUCAAAAUAGUGUCUUUCACUUUUAAAGUGGAAUCCACACUGUAUGAUAUUGUCUAGAGGGCCUCGUAUUUGAGAAGUAACAUGGUCUUCAUCUGCACCAGCUUCCCUUUUAUCCCCAGAGCACUCCUUUUGCUGGACUUUAGCUUGAAGAUAGACACAUUGAAAGGAGAUAGGUAGGAUUAUUUAGCUUUGCUUAAAGACAGCAGUAGUAGUUGAUAACAGUUUUUUUUCUUCCAGUCUCUGGCUUCUGACCUGGGUAGAAUUCUGUUUGGCCCACUAAAAGGUUAUUGGUCUACUUUAGGUUAUUUACUGUCCUCUCUUCCUCCACCAGUCAGAAGCCUUUCCAGGGAACAGACAGUGCCAAACCCAAGAAGUUUGGUCAUCAAGUGACGACAUUCAUGGUUGAAGUUCUCUCUUCCUAGGAAGAAAGAGACAAAUCUUAAUGUUUACACCUCACAAUAGGUAAUGUUAGGACUGACACAGCCUGAAAUUGACCUCAGGGUCUAUAGCUGCUUGCCAUGCUUUUGUAGUUUGGCAAUCUCUGACAUUUGCUAUCAACUGUCAGUGAACUUCAGUGGUGGCAGUAGGGAAGGUGAUUAUAUAAAGUAAUGAGACAUAUGAAAAGUGAUUUUAUUAAAUUAUAUGUGUAUACAUGAACUGACAAAGUCUAAUCAACAAACUACAGUUCAUCUGGUCUCCAUAGAUUUGAUGAAGACCACCUAUUCUUUGGUCAUUUGAUAUGAAGUUCAUUAUUGUGACCACUAAAACUAGUCAUAUCUAUCAUUAAAGUAUUUUUAAGCAGUUCGUACAUGUGAAGGCAAGCAAGCUACCAGUCUUAAUGAAAGUCUCUAUAGUAUGUUUGUCUAUCGUUGUUAGUAGAAUGUAAAUCUAAUCAGAAAUCUACAGUUCCCUAUAAGAUAGCAAAAUAAGUUUUUACUGUCUUUGAAGGUGCUAUGGUAACUACUCAUAUUGCCAGACAGUCAAGGACCAAGAAAUGGAGAUGUUGACAAAUGGGAGCUGAAAUAGACAUCAGUGCCAUUCUUUGUGGAGUCCAGAAUAUUGACUGGUUCUUCAUUUUUUUUCUUUAAAAGAAAACCCACUUUUAAGCUAUUGACAGUUAUAUAUCUAAGCUGUAUGUUCCAUGCAUAAAUGGUCAGUACCUACUUUGUGGCUUAACCCAAGCAGGCCUGGAAUAAAGCAAAUUUAAGAACAGGACUGACUUCCAGUAGGAACUGAACCUCUUUGAGCCUGCAGAUUAACUCUACCCAGCUUUUGUAAUCUCUUCUCUGCCCUGUUGUCAGAAGACCUUCCCACAUGUCUAUUAUGGAUUUAAUUAGACAUCUUCAAUAGAAAUCAUUUGCAGAAAGUAAGAGUAGGUGGUUUGGUAAACGACUUUUUCUAUUUGCUAAAUUCAUGGUUUGAUAUUUGGGUACAACUGUUACCAUUUCAGAUCUGUAAUCUAGGCAAAAAUUUCGUAAUUUAUGCUGGUUCUUGUGCUUUGCCUCAUGUGAGCUUAACCUGUUGUGCUACCACCUGGCCCCAAAAUUUAGUAACUUAAAAUAUUUUGUUUAAAUAUUUAAAUAUUAUUGUUGCACUAUUGAGUUAUAUACCCAAA